AUGAAGCCAGCAGAGAACGUCAUAAAACUGGAGGAGAAUGACGAGAAAAGACUGUUGGACGCUCUUAUGAGAGGCUACGACCGUGAUGUUAGACCAGUCAGGAACGCCUCUCACCCUAUUAUUAUACAGCUGGGCAUCACCCUCACCCAGAUCUUUGAUAUGGAUGCCAUUGUCGUAGCUGUCCAGUCUGAGAGUCUGCUGAUCAGUCCAGACUGUCUGACAGAUGAAAAGGGUGUGAGAAACCUGUGCAGUAAUGUAGUGAACAGCAUCAACGGAGCCUUCAGCAGCAACCUCAGCACCACGACAAGUAGCAGCAGUAGCAGUAGCAGCAGUAGCAGCAGUAGCAGCAGUCCUGGCUUAAUGAAGCCAGCAGAGAACGUCAUAAAACUGGAGGAGAAUGACGAGAAAAGACUGUUGGACGCUCUUAUGAGAGGCUACGACCGUGAUGUUAGACCAGUCAGGAACGCCUCUCACCCUAUUAUUAUACAGCUGGGCAUCACCCUCACCCAGAUCUUUGAUAUGGACGAGAAGAACCAAGUGUUGACUACCAACGUCUGGCUGGAUCAGGAGUGGGUGGGCGAGUUACUGAGGUACAAGAAUGAUUAUAACGACUGGAAACCAUCCGGCUUUCCUUGUGAGAGAAUCUGGCUUCCAGAUAUUGUCCUUAUAACAAGUAACGCUGACGACUACACUCGAGGCUACAUGCAGAGCAAGGCUAUGGUAGGCUACGAGGGGAAGGUGUUCUGGCCUCCACCUACCAAGUUCCGCUCCACCUGCCCGGUCGAUGUCACUUACUUCCCCUUCGAUGACCAGACCUGUAUACUCAAGCUUGGUUCCUGGAUCUACGAUGGCUUUCAGGUGGACGUGACUAACAGGACGGCCGAGGUGGACCUGACCAACUAUAUACCUAACGGGGAGUGGGAACUGCUGGAGGCCAGGAUCAUCCGUAAUGUCAUAUUUUACUCCUGCUGUCCUGAGCCCUUCCCUGAUGUCACUAUCACCAUCACUAUCAGACGGAAGACGCUGUACUACAUGUACAACGUUGUACUUCCCUGCAUGAUGAUGUCAGUGCUGACACUGCUGGUGUUCUGUCUGCCGCCUGACUCCGGGGAGAAGAUAGCCCUGGGGGUGACGGUCCUCCUGGCUUUCAGUGUCUUUAUGCUGGCUAUAGCAGAGAAGAUGCCGGAAACCUCGGAGUCUAUCCCACUGAUUGGUAUAUAUCUGACAGCUGUCAUGACCAUCACAUCAAUCAGCAUCAUCAUGACAGUCAUUGUACUGAACUGUCACUACCGAGGACCCAUUCAGCGAGAAGUACCUCCCUGGAUGAAGAGUUCUGCUGUUGCUUGUGCAGAUGCUGGUUAUGCUUCUGUUGCUGCAGCAGCUACUGUUGCUGGCGCAGCUGCUGCUACUGGUGCGACUGCUACUGCUGGUGCAGUUGUUGCUGUCGGUGUAGUUGUUGCUGCUGGUGUAGUUGUUACUGCUGGUGCAGCUGUUGGUGAAGCUGCUGCUGCUGCUGUUGUUGUUGACUUCAUUGUCUUAAAAAUCUCUCAAGUGUUGCUGAGUGGACCUGGUUCAGAGAGUGGCUCCACCAGUAGCAACACAAGAACCAGGGCCACACACAACUUCCUGGGCCGCACUCUCAAGCGUCGACGACCCAGGUCUAACACGGCUGGCAGUGAGGAGGCAGCGUUGACGACCUCACACACUCGUGUGGUCACUACUGCUCUCUACGGUGACUACAAUAUUUCCAAGGAUCAGCUGGCCAAGAACGACACAACAAUUCGCCUGACAGUGGAGGGUGUUGGUGAGGAUGUGAAGGAGACAUUGCCACCAGGGGAUUACUCCAGCGGGGACGAUGUUCACAACCUUAACAUAGGAUGGAGAGACUUUAACAACGAUAAUAACACCUACCACAGGAACACUAAUACUAACAGCGCCUACAGUCCAAAUCUGGGGGCCCUGGGUGCCAGCCGCACUCACGAAGAGAUUCUUCGCGCCCUCAAGCUUCUUAUAAGCCGACAAGAACGUGAAGACGCAGAGAAGAAACGUCUCAACGAGUGGCGUGUUAUUGCUAUCGCUGUUGAUCGUAUCCUCUUCUGGAUCUUCUUCAUUGUGACCACCGUCAGUUCGGUGGUGUUCCUGGUCAUCCUGCCGCUAGUCAAGAGGUCAGAAUAUGUGCGCAACACCUGAGGUCGCCUGGAUGUCCAGCAGCUCGUCCUUGAAGCGCUGUUUGUGUCAUCUCCCUCGUUCCAACCAUGGCUGCUCUAAACCGGAGUCAGUGUACCUUCCCUCCAGGUGGACCCUGAGGUCUUUCUACUGGGCCGUGCCCUACCACACGUGUUUGUGAACGCUGCUAGAACGUUCACUCCCUCUAGCAAUAGAGAGUUGUCCUGGGCCAAGCCCUGAUACACGUUUUUGUAAACACUGGUAGAAUGUUCACACUAACAUAUACAGUUGGUUUGUACUGGACAACACCCUGCCACAUGUCUUUGUAAAAAAAAAAAAAAACAUGGGUAGAAUGUUCACUGUAGUAUAGACAGUUGGUUUGAAAGGCGGCAUGCCGACAGGUGUAGACACAAACAUAUGCACACAGAACAGUCCUCGAUUUGGUUAACUAUUACGUCUAACUAGAGCACUUCUCAGUUAGCGGAGAACUGCGCUUAGAGUGACACCUUGACCAAGGAAAUGCUUUGUAAACGUUUUUCUAGUUGUCCACGAUCAUAGGCACUUGUUUCCUGUUACCGUCAGAACCGAGAUGUUCCCGUCACACUCGCUGAAGACUUGUCCGUCAAGAGUGGUCACGGUCCAGAGAGUUAACAAGAGGUUUUACUGACCUGCCAAACACAAAAGCUCACUUUGUUUGUAGCUGGGGCCGGCAGGACGGGCCGUGGUUGUAAGCGAGUCUACUCUGUGAUAAUGGGUUCCAGGUCCCCUACGACUGGCGUCAAGUUAGUGAAACAGGUGGAACGAGAUGGGUGCUUUUUCCUGCCUACCCAUGGGCCAGAGCUAGCGUAGUUGAGAGCUUCUGUAUCUCCACGGGAGAACUCUCCCGCUUGUUUAUCUAAGUCCUACUUGUUAAAUACAACAAAAAAAAUAAUUGUAUAGAUAAAUAACUGUAAUAUAUUAUAAGUUACUAUUAUUAUUGUUUGGAAUCUCCAGGGAUGAUGUCGAGAAGGAUGGAAAUGGACGGAGAGGCGAUGUUUUGCGUCAGGCAAGACAUCAUUGCUCCUGACGGAACGUCAACAAAGCUUCUCAGUUUUUGAUGUGUGUGUGUGUGUGUUGCGUAUGUUGCAGGUCACGUGAUCCUGCUGACAAUAGGACUUUGGCUGGUCCAUUUGUAUGUAAACCUUAUAAAUACGUUGUACAUGAAAUAAUCUAGGAUAGUUUACUUAUCUACAGAUAUAUAUUAAUACCGCCAAAAUAUAUUAACCUUAUAAUCUACACUUGAAUUAGCAGUCAUGUGCACAAACUUCCUAAAACUGUAAAAAUUAGGAAACGUCCAGUUAAGGCCCCGUGAGCUUCACCCUUGUGGGUUUGCCUCUUCAAUAAACAGAUAUUGACCCUGGUUUUACAGGCACAGAGAUAUUGAUAUAAUGCACCAAACAGUCGUAUAACUAAGCAGUUGUUAUACGAGUGGAAGGUCCAGGAGGGACCAGGAGGGUCCGGAAGGGACCAGGAUGGUCCAGGAGUUCCAGGAGGACCAGGAGGGUCCAGGAGGUCCAGGAGGACCAGGAGGGUCCAGGAGGUCGCCUAACCUUCCCCCUACAACGUCUGGGUGAAUUGUAAAUUUUUCCACCCACUGAAUUGUGGCUUUUGUUUACUCUUCAGUCAUUUUUAAUGCUCGAUAUGUUGUGUAAAUAUCAACUGUGAUCAAUGGCUUAGAAAACCCACAAGCUGAAGUCUGAGACACUUUUGAAACAUCUGGUAAUCUUUACUGAUGAAACGUUUCGCCAGCCAUUGGCUUCUUCAGUCCAUUACCAAGAAGAACGGUAGAAAUAGAGGAGUCUGAGGUAAUCAGUCCCUUAGCCUGGAACCCAUGAACACAUCGACUACACACAUACACAUCUGCUACAUACACAACAUGUUUGUUCAGCGCAAUAUUUAUCUGUCAGUAUAUUAGCUACUACAGCUGUGAAGCCGGUCUGGAUGUAUGAAUUAGACAUGACCUUUAAAUGAGGUCCUUCUCAGCAGCUGAAGUGGAACUCAGGUUGAAGAUAUAGUCAACCUCUCCAGUUCUUGUUCUAGUCUUGUCUUCAGAUUGUUUUCUCCUGUUUACACUGAGUGUUCAUUAUGCCAUCAAUAAUGACUGGU